GGAGACGGUUAUGGGCUCGUGCCUGGGCCGGAUCCCGGCUGUCUGAGGGGCGCGAAGACCUGCGGGAGGGAGACGGCCGCAGCAUGGCGGCCGGCAGUACGCCGCCCUGCCCUCCGCCUUCCUGUCGCAGCCGCCCGGACCCCGUGGUCCCCGAGUGCUCGCUGUGAGCCCGCCGUCCGCCUGCCCUCCUUCCCUCGUUGCCUCCGCCAGCCCGGGGGGCGGUCGGGCGCACCGCUGUCUCUCGCGCCGCGCCCACCCGCUGGGGCCCUGGGGCCAUGGAGGACGUGAAGCUGGAGUUUCCUUCGCUCCCACAGUGCAAAGACGACACCGAGGAGUGGACUUAUCCUAUGAGACGGGAGAUGCAGGAAGUUUUGCCUGGAUUGUUCUUAGGCCCAUACUCUUCCGCUAUGAAAAGCAAGCUACCUAUAUUACAGAAACAUGGGAUAACUCAUAUAAUUUGCAUACGGCAAAAUAUCGAAGCAAACUUUAUUAAACCAAACUUUCAGCAAUUGUUUAGAUAUUUAGUUUUGGAUAUUGCUGAUAAUCCAGUUGAAAACAUUAUACGCUUUUUCCCUAUGACUAAAGAGUUUAUUGAUGGAAGCUUACAAAAUGGAGGAAAAGUUCUUGUCCAUGGGAAUGCAGGCAUCUCCAGAAGUGCUGCCUUCGUUAUUGCAUACAUCAUGGAGACAUUCGGGAUGAAAUACAGAGAUGCAUUUGCUUAUGUUCAAGAAAGGAGAUUUUGUAUUAAUCCUAAUGCUGGAUUUGUUCACCAACUCCAGGAAUAUGAAGCCAUCUACUUAGCAAAAUUAACAAUACAGAUGAUGUCUCCACUCCAGAUAGAAAGGUCCUUAUCUGUUCAUUCUGGUACCACAGGUAGUUUGAAGAGAACACAUGAAGAAGAGGAUGAUUUUGGAAACAUGCAAGUGGCAACUGCACAGAAUGGCUGACACCUCUGAGAACUAUUACAUGGAUAUGAAUUUCUAUUUGGAAAGGAGAAAAUCCUACUGAUAAUGAUGUAAAGUGGGAAAAACACAAAUAGUUUCUUUUCAAUUAUAUGUUGCUUCCAGACAUGUUUCUCUGCAACUUGUUGAGCAACACUUUAAGAUGUUGGACUUCUACAGUAGAUGGCGCUGAUGGGUAAUGGGUUUACUUAAAAAAAAAAAAAAACAAAAAAAACUAUGGUUUUAUUGUAAACCAAGAAUUUUGGACUUGCAAAGAGGUAUUAUUGCAAUAAUGCACUUUUCAUACUUGAAGUUUAUUUGUAUGAUAUAAAGUUAUUACUUUAAGUAAAAUGCAAGUUAGGGGGAUUUGUUUAUAAAUUUUGGAUAAUUUAUAACAGAUUUCCUAAUGUUUCCUAAAAACUCAUUUUGUGUUAUAUAUAUUACACUUAAAGUCAUUUUACAGUUGAGUUUUCUGAUGGAGACUCUUACUAGAAACAUUAACAAAAUGUAGAACUCUUUCACAUUUUUAAUACAGUUCAGUAACUUAACCAUUUUAUUUUUUUUUAACUUAUUAGUCCUUUAGUUUUAAAUCAUGACUUUAGCCAACUAUCCUACUUUACUAAUUUAAUCCAAUUAAUACUUCCUUCCCCAUUGCUUUCCUUAUUCUAAACAAGAAAAAAAGUUGUAAUGAUCAAAGAGGUCUUACUUCCUAGAACUAGAUACUCAAAAAAUAAUAGUGUUAUAUUUCCACCAGUCUUUUCUUUUUGCUGUUUGUGUAAGUCAGAUGUUGACUUGGUCUUUUCAGAGUUGCCUAGCCCUUUUUAUCUUUGUCCAGAACAGUUCAAAGUAGACCCUUUUAAGAAACCAAACCAAUGUAGCACUGUUUCUUCAAUAUGAAACCCCCAAAAGAAAAGUGCCUUGUAUCAAACAACAAUUAAAUCCUCAUGACCUCUAAAUUAGUACAUAAGGCAGUGAAAGCUAUUAACAUUUUCUGUAAUUUUUGUUUUUAAACCAUAAAUUAAACUGAGUCUGUGAAGCUUGAAGAAUGUAAAUUAUUUGGAAUGAGACAUUUACUUCUUCAUUUCACGUUGUCUUGCUUCUGUGAGGUGGUUCAGCUGACAGCUUUGCUUUGAAGAUCCAUUGGAUAAAGCAAUUUGCGGGUGGCUUCAGGGUAUUGUAAAUUACCAUUUAAACUUGUUCUUAAAUUAGUUCAAAUUUACCCCAUAAUUUGCAUUUGCAAAGUCACUUUAUGGCUCUUUGGUUUUCCAUGUUUUUAUCUGUAUGUAUAGAAGUUGUUCUACAAAAAAUACUUUGCUAUUUUAAGUGUGAUGUGCAGAAGAGUGUUUUUAACUUUUUGUAUUUGAUGACUUUAGGGUAGCACAAAUACAGCUCCUUUAUAGUUCACAUUUUUCAGUCCCCUCUUGAGGUGCUUUACUGUUGGGAAUGUUUCUUGUACAUUUCCAGGGUACCAUGAGGCACUGUGUGAGGUAGCAUGUUAUACUCAAUUACUUGCUUUGCACUCCACAUUAUGGCAUAAUAGUACAGAGAGGGCUCUUUGUCCUGCACAGUGAAGCCUAAAUAUAAACCAGAAUUACUGUUAACUUGAGUUAAUUCCUCUUCAGAUUUCGAAUCCCAUCUCCUACCUUUCCACCCUAAAGCCAGCAUUGUGACCCACUAUUCUAUUGUGUCACUGGUGUGGUGGGCUAAUGGAGUAAAGAUUACAUUGGGUGUUCAAAAAUUCCUGUAUACACAUCAUCACUGGACAGGUCAACAAAGAUCUCUCUUGCAGUCAACUCAUAAUCUAUGACUAUGAUCAAAAAUUGUGCUUAAUCUCCACAAAUAAUUUUUCAAAGUGACACAUUUGAAAUUUUUUUAAGUUUCAUAAAAUUACAUACUCUUUAGGAGUCUGGCCAAAAAUAUAAAGUAGGUUGAUAGUCAUUUGUAACUGGUAAUUUUCGAUUUUUCUAAUCAGUCAUUUUUAUGUUCUCACAUAAAGUGCCUAUCUAGCAUGAUAUACUGGAGACAGUCUCAGACACUAGGGACUACCAUCAUGUUGAGCACAGAUGAUGUGAACGGAUAAGGUUUGUUCUUUCAUAAGAAGCCUGCAAGUUUCUUUUUUUCCACUGUAUUUACUAAGUAGCUGACUUAGGUUCCAUUCCCAGUGAUGUUUUAUAUCAGUCAGCUAUGGUAAACUUAACCAAUCAUGUCUUAUUCUCUAAAGAAAUGGAAUGAUACAUGAAUAUCCACCCAGCUUCAACAUUAAACAUGUAACCUGGGUUCAGAAUUAAAAGUAAAUUUUUAUCAAAACAUGGGGAACUUCAUUACUUCCCGUUUUGAAACAGAUUCUGAAAAUUUUGGAGUGGGGGGAUCUGUCUUCUCUUAGUUUUAACUAGUUCAUGUUAAUUUCUUGUCUACUAGGUAUUGACUUGUACCAACAGUGAUAGGAAUGUUCAAGUGUGAUAACUUUGCUACCAACUUUCAACCACUUGUAGAGCAGAAUAUUCAUUUGCAGGGUGUGUGGUUGUGCUUAAUCUGAGUCUAGAAGUAAUGUCAGAAAAUGCUAAGCAUGUCCUUUGUAAGAAAACAUACAGUUCCUAAUUGUUUCAUUACUAUGGUAAUUCAGAUUAAUUAGAAGUAUUUAAGUGCAAUCUUGAAUUAUGAAGUUGAGGUGUAUAUAUUAGGAUCUCAACUUGAUGUAAAGUAAAUGAGCAGUUACCUGAUGAAUUUUUUUUUAAAUAACUGGUUUAAUCUAUAAUCCUAAAGCAUAGCUUCACUUCAGUAUGUAUGUUAUCUUUGUCCAUUCAACAACACUCCAAUAAGAGAUAGGAAAUAACUGAGACUUCCUCAAGGAUUUUAUUUAUUUUUUUAAUUAGGAAAAUAAGUUUCUAGAGUCUUGAGUGAUAGAUAUUCUUUGUCUUUCCCAUUCAUGGCAGCUUAAAAAAAAAAAAAAAAAUCACUCAAAUUAUUCAGGUUUACAUGUUAAGCUCUCUCAGAGGGAGCUACCAUACCUCACAGUUUUCUCAAUCAGUAACAUGAUACUGACAUGUAAUUGCAAUUUACUAUGCAGCAAAAAAUGAUUCAAGAAAAAUAACAUACAGUGUCUGUUUACCUGUGUAUAGACAAUUGCUUACGUUACUCUGCUUUUAACAUUUGUACUCAGACAAAAUGCUUCUGUAUGUAUAGGAAUGUCGCAGAUGCAAGAUGCUGCUAGCCUGGGCACAAAGUAUUAAAAUUAUUUUGUGAAGA